UUCCGGCCCAGUGUUGCGCCGCUCGGCAGUCAGUGUGUACAGCACCUAAGCCACCCUUGACUUCAUCUCUCGUUCCGCUUCACUUCUUCAUUGCAGCUCUCCGCUGACCCUGGAGAAGUCAACUCCGUCGCAUUGACCGAGAGCCGGUUCUCGAAUUGUUCUCCGAUCGACGUCUUUCCGCAGCAACCACAUUUUCUGCAAGAUAUACCAAGAUGAACUCGUCGUUUCUCACUACCUUGACGAGGGCGUUGCCUUCGGUGGGCAGACCUUCACAGCUUCGAAUUUCUCCUAUCAAAUCGUUAAGGUUGUUCUCUUCGACUCCGGCAGCCCACGACAUUGAAGCGGCUCGCGAUCUGGAAAGGCAGAUUCUGGGUACGCUUAAACCCAAGGCGGCUACCGAUGCAUCCAAGUCUGCCCUCGAUGAUCUGUUCGGCUCCACAGGUGCCGGCAGGUCCCCCCAGGGUACUUCUAUGCAAUAUCAGAGAAUGGCUGAUAGCUUCAGCAUGGAAUCCGAUAUGUUGACGCAACCCUACGCCGACCGUUCUCCUCCUUACCAUCUCCACGUCUACGCUCACAAGCACAACACGAUUUUGACCCUGACGCGCCCCAACGGCAACCCGAUGCUCUCUCUUAGUUGUGGUUACCUCGGGUUCCGCAAAGGUGGGCGUGCCGGUUUCGACCCGGCGUUCCAGUUGGCCUCGCACUUCUUCGCCCAGAUGCAGGAAAGGGGCUAUAUGGCGGAAAUCAAGCGCAUGGAACUCAUCUUCCGCGACUUUGGACUCGGCCGGGAAGCUUUCACGAAGGUCUUGCUGGGUAAUGAGGGAAAGAACAUUCGAGGCACGAUCUGUCGGGUGACGGAUUCUACCCGUAUCAAAUUCGGUGGAACGAGAAGCAGGCACGAGCGGAGACUGGGCUAAGAUAUUUGCCAUUUCUUGGGAGUUAUAUUAUAGGGAGAUAUGUCUUUCCUCGAUGAAAAGUAGCAGAAUUCGAGCUGGCCGGGGGGAAAGAGAGCAAGGGUAUUAUUCAAUGAAUCCCGGAGUCUUGAUGCUGGCCUGUUUCUCCAUACUAAGAGGAGCAUUCCCCCUGGGAGUUCACAUAGAGAACAUCACGGCGCAGAAAGCAUCACCACUCCGCUGGCUCUAUUGUGAGACAGUGAGGUCUUGCGCUACCUACGGUCCUCCUUUUUCGUCUAUUUCGCUUAUGUAUGUAUACUAUUGUCAGCCUAUUACUGGGGUUAUGGGACAUUGUUCGACUUCAAUCAGAUCAAAUUUAUUUGCGCAA